CCCAACCACCCACCCACCCUGAUCCGAAGCUGAGGUACGGUAGGUGACAGGCAGGCUCGGACGUUACUGAGCCUCUGGAAAAAAGCCAAGGCAGGCGCACCCUCGAAAAUAAUGGAGCCUCCCAAAGCAAAGCAAGAGAGAGAAAGUGAAACAGGGUUUUAGAGAGAGAGAGACAGAGAGUAAACGCGCAACAGCGAUACCUCCACGCGAUGGGUCAGAUCGUGAGGAGGAAGAAGAAAGGCCGUCCCUCCAAGGCAGAUCUAGCUCGACGCUCCGGCGAAUCUCCGGCCGCCGCGCAGUCUGACCUCCGACGCAGCCGCCGCCGCCGGAAUGUGCGCUACAACAUCGACUACGAUGACUACCUCGACGAGGAGGACGAGGACGAGGACGAGGACGAGCGGAGGCGCGAGAAGAAGAAGCUCAAGCUCGUCGUCAAGCUGAACAACCACGAAGAGGAAGACGACGACGAGGAAGACGACGCGCCGAGUCGCGCAGCGCCGCGUGGAGUUCACGCGCCGGAGGAGAAGGUGGAGGAGGAGGAGGAGGAGGAGGAAGAAGAAGAAGGCGAAGAGGAGGAAGAAGAAGAGAAUGAGGAGGCUGAGGAGCACGAAGAAGAGCGUGAGGUAAAGGGCAGAAAAGUGGAUUCCAAAGGGCUCCACUCUGUUUCAGUGUUGGGAACUCCGUCGAAGCUUCCAGCUGGGAUUCCGUUGCCCGACAAGAGAACCCUGGAGUUGAUCCUUGACAAGCUUCAGAAGAAGGACACAUACGGUGUGUAUGCAGAGCCAGUUGAUCCGGAAGAGCUUCCUGAUUAUCACGAUGUGAUUGAGCAUCCCAUGGACUUCGCUACAGUGAGGAAGAAGUUGGCAAAUGGAUCUUAUCUUACCUUGGAACAAUUUGAGAGUGAUGUAUUUUUGAUUUGCUCAAAUGCAAUGCAAUACAAUGCGGCAGAGACUAUAUACCACAAACAGGCACGAUCAAUACAAGAACUGGCAAGGAAAAAGUUUGAAAAGUUAAGGAUUGACUUUGAACGUUCUCAGAGUGAGCUGAAGUCUGAACAAAAAACUAGAUCUAAUUCCCUGGUUAAGAAGCUAGCAAAGAAGCCACUGGGACAUGCAUCACAGGAACCUGUUGGCUCUGAUUUUUCCUCUGGUGCAACUCUUGCUACUAUUGGUGAUAUACUGCCAACUUCCCAUCCAAUGCAAGGUGUUGUCUGUGAAAGGCCUGGCAACAUUGAUGGCCUUGUAGAGGGGAAUGCUUUCUUAAUUGAAGCAAAUCAAGAGAAGGCAGAAGACUAUAUAUCAGGGAGGGUUCUGCUCUCCAAGUUGGGAAGGAAACCAUCUGUGCAAGAUAUUGAACGUCGUGCAACUUAUAAUACAUCUAACCUACCAACUACUAGAUCUGAUUCCAUAUUUACAACAUUUGAGAGUGAAAUUAAGCAGCUAGUUCCUGUUGGACUACAAACUGAAUAUUCCUAUGCCAGGAGUUUGGCUCGUUUUGCUGCAACCCUAGGACCUACUGCUUGGAAAAUUGCUUCCCAGAGGAUUCAGCAGGCAGUACCACCUGGCUGUAAAUUUGGUCGUGGUUGGGUAGGAGAGUAUGAGCCGCUUCCAACACCCGUAUUAAUGCUUGAUAAUCGUGCCCAGCAACAACCUAGUUUGGGGACAAAUUUGCAGUCUACUACCGAAUUGUUGAAGGUUGACAAAAAAUGUAAGAAUGUGGAAUCCACUGUGGAACAUCCUGUUAAUGUACCAAUGCAUGAGGGAAAACAGCCUCCAGUUUGUUCUAGUAGUGGGUUUACAUCAGAUGGAAAAUCAUCUUUAUUUGGUUCUGCUGGACCAAGACCCAGUGCUCAUGUCAAUAAUCUCUUUUAUCAGCAGCCCAAUGUCCAAACCAGGAACCUCAAUAAGUCUGAGAACAAGGGUUUGAAACAAGUGGAAUUGAACUCUUUACCCUCAAGUGAUCAAAAUAAUGCCAGUCUAGUUGCAAAGCUUACUAGUAAUACUCCUGCAGCAGUGUCUAAGCCCAGAGAAAUGGUACCAAGUAACAAGAAUAUUUUACCUUCUGUGCCUUUCAAGCAGCCAGAUUCUAAUGGAGUUGUUAGUGGAGAGUUGCCUAAUGGAAAAGUAAGGAAUACUAAUUUAAAUAGACGGAUGACUGGUCCAUCAUCUGAAAGUACAUCAAAUCAAACAGGUAGAGCAGCUCCCUUUGUUGCCCAUGGGCAGGAGCAGAAUCUUAGUGACCCUGUUCAGUUGAUGAGGAUGUUAGCCGAAAAGACACAGAAGCAACAGACUUCUAGUUCAUCCAAUCAUUCCCCGGCUGACACCCCACCAGUGACACCAUCAGUUCCGUCAGGACGAAGAGAAGACUCGACCAAUGCUUCAGCAGCAGCUGCCCGUGCAUGGAUGUCUGUAGGGGCAGCAGGUUUUAAACAAGGACCUGAAAAUUCCAGUUCACCCAAAAAUCAGAUUUCUGCAGAUUCAUUGUACAACCCAGCACGAGAUUUCCAUCAGCAUCAGCCUUUUUCUCGAAUUAGGGGAGAGUUUCCUUCUGGUGGAAUGCCUUUCCAGUCUGAGAAGAACAAUUUUCCAUUUCAGGCACUUGUACCCCAAUCUGUUCACCCAGUUGGUGUUUCACAGUUUCCAAACCGACCUAUGGUUUUCCCUCAAGUUGCAGCUUCUGACCUGUCAAGAUUUCAAAUACCUCCUUGGCGAGGUAUCCGUCCUCAUAGUCAACCAAGACAGAAACAGGAAACACUUCCUCCUGACUUGAAUAUUGGUUUUCAAUCUCCUGGGUCACCUGCAAAGCAAUCAUCUGGUGUGCUGGUUGACUCCCAGCAACCGGACCUUGCUUUGCAACUAUGACAUGGCUUUGUAUUUCUGGUGUGGAUGUUUCCACAACAAUUUCACCUGAUUAUAGAAUUUCAGCUCCUGCCAUCGGACUUCAAUUUUGAUCCAAAAGCCCUUCUUUGCAUAAAUGAGGAAAUGGCUACCAUUUUGUUACUUUUGGAAGAGAUGAAAUGAAUACCAUGUGCUUGGGUAGAUUGUUAACCCUUGGAUACUUUUGUUGGGGAUCUUAUGGUUUUCUUAAAUAGGAUUUGGCACAAGGUAAAUUCAAAUGAGUUUGCUUAGUUUCAGAAGACUUGGGUGAAUUUGGCAGAAAACAACUUUGGAGUUUCCAUCUUUUCCAGAUGACGAUUACCGAGAUAUUGCAGCAUCUGUGUUCUAUCCUGGAGUUGAAACCAUAUAAAACAUUUAAUAGUCGAUCAUGAUCAAGCGUUGCUUAGAUUUUUCAAUUAGUGGGCGAAAAAUCCUGUUGAUGAUGCCUUGUACAUUCUUUACAAAUGGUUGAAAUUCGGUUGCCUAGAUAUUGAUUUCAUUAGAUGAUUACUUGUUUAUCUGAAUUGAUGGGAAGGUAUGACUUCUUAGUUCACAAUGCUGCUAUUAUUCUGUACAUUGCAACGAAUGCAAAACCUCAACUUGCUUUUCCUUGUUUACUCAA